UGGGGGGGCGCGAUGACGUCACACGCAUGCGUACGUGCGUUUUGGCUCGUUGGCUGGAGGCGGUGAGACACUUUCGGAGAAGGAGAAGGAGCAGAGAAGGUGAACGUGACCACCUUCCUGUGAGUUUGAGCUAGAGGAGGCAGCAUUGUCUUCCGCCUCGCCCCGGCCCCGCAUCGUGAGGUUCACUAUCAGAAAAUAAAGGUCUAUAUGUGAGUGGAGCCCGGCAGCUGUUGAGCAGGCCCGAGCCAGGUUGGAUCUGUGCUGGGUGCAGAACCCGAGCAAAAUGGCUAAGGCACUGUGCACCAAGGCCAGGUUCGUGACCUACUUGCCAGGUGUUCAUGCAUUAAUUAGAAGGAUUGCAACCUUUAGGACAUUUUCCACAGCAGGCUCUUCAGGGUCUGAUGAGCCUUAUGUUGCAGUUAUACCACCCGAUCAAGGUUUACAGACUGUAUGGCCAGAUGAACAGAUGGGACCAUUUGGACCUCAGGAUCAGCGAUUUCAGCUGCCGGGUAACAUAGGGUUUGAUUCCCAUAUUAAUGGCAUUGCUAACCAGAAGAGAAUUUCAACAAACAGAAUACUUCCAGAUGUGCUAACUGAGCCAUUAACCAGUGAGAAGCACGAAUUCAUUCUUGCGCAAUUUGUCAACGAAUUUCAGGGAAAUGAAGCUGAGCCUCAACCACAGGAAGUCACAACUGCUGAAAAUUAUUUUGAGAAUGCAAAGGUAGAAUGUGCAAUACAAACUUGCCCAGAACUACUUCGCAAAGAUUUUCAAUCUAUGUUUCCUGAGGCUCCAGUUGCAGGAUUCACAGUACUUACUGUAACACAACGGAGUGUUAAUGAUAUGACUAUUUGGAAUGAAGCAGUAGAGGAGGAACGAGAGCAGCUACUGGAGAAAGUAAGUAAUAUAUAUUAAAAUGUCUAUUAAUGUAGGUGUAUAGGGAAACAUG